AUGGAGUCUCUUGCUGUUCCUCGCACUGCCGCGCAGGCUAAGGCUUUCGUGGCUCCUACCUCGUUAUCGUACCCAAUGGCGCCCUCUGAUAUCACCCCGCCGUCCGAGCAGCAAAACUCGGACCGGUCGGUCGACAUCAAGCCCUCCAUGGACAUCGCUCCUGCGACCCCCGCUGCCACCCCUGGCAACACCACCGGGGCUCCGGGGAGCUCCAACGUCUCGGGCAUCAUCCCAACCCUACAGAACAUCGUUGCCACAGUCAAUCUUGAGUGCAGACUUGACCUCAAGACCAUCGCUCUGCAUGCUCGUAAUGCAGAGUACAACCCAAAGCGUUUUGCCGCUGUCAUCAUGCGCAUUCGUGACCCCAAGACCACUGCAUUGAUCUUCGCCUCCGGCAAGAUGGUCGUCACCGGUGCAAAGUCCGAGGACGACUCGAAGCUCGCUAGUCGGAAGUACGCCCGUAUCAUCCAGAAGCUUGGUUUCAACGCCAAGUUUAUGGAGUUCAAGAUCCAGAACAUCGUCGGAUCAUGUGACGUUCGUUUCCCGAUCCGUCUCGAGGGUCUUGCGUUCUCUCACGGACACUUCUCGUCUUACGAGCCAGAGUUGUUCCCGGGUCUUAUCUACCGCAUGGUGAAACCGAAAAUCGUACUUCUGAUUUUCGUUUCCGGCAAAAUCGUCUUGACAGGCGCUAAAGUUCGAGAAGAGAUCUAUCAAGCCUUUGAGGCUAUAUAUCCUGUACUGAGUGAAUUCCGAAAGCAGUAA